AUAGUCAUCGAACCAAAAUAUCUAAAGUUGACUAUUACCAUAGGUAUCAGUGAUCCACACACAGUGUCCACACAAAGUAUUCCAGUCAAGUCGGGUCGCUGGUCUGGUUGAAUUAGCAAAGUCAGUUAGCGAGAAGGUGAAGGGAAACCUGUGGAAACGAAGAGAUGGAGGAAGGAGAGAUCGUGGAUAGUUCCGAAGAGCUUGAUGACCCAAUUGCAAAUACAGAACGCUUCCAUGAAGGCGAAAAACCGGAACAAAUGAUUAAGAAAAAAGAUGAACCAAAGACGGAGAAGCCAAAUGCACAUCAAAGGAGAAGACGUGUUGCUCAUUUGCAAGGCGAGGGAAAGUUCGGACGUGAAUCAGAGAAAGGUCAUUUACAGAAAGAGCAAAGAGGUAAACAACAAGGACAAAGUGCAUCCUACCCUCGAAGAACAAAUGAGCAAGAUCAACGCCAACACCGUAAACGAACCCGAACAGAAAGCGAACGCUUGACACAUACAGUCUAUCUAGACGGAAGAAGUAACAAACGAAGAGUAGAGCUUGUUGAAUCCACUCAGGCUGACAAGAAGUCUCCUCUAUCUAGAUUAGUAGAUAAUUCAAGGUCACCGCAUUCAAUGAGAACUGGGCGUGAAAAGUGGAAAGGCAGCAGCCAACGCAAAAGUGAGGGAGAAUCCAGUCCAAAGAAAGCAGGUAGCAGUAAAAGACCACGUCACGAUAGCUCUGCUGCUCAGUACGAACACAUUAGUUCUGCCAAAAAGCCUCGUUAUGACAGGUCGGUUGAAAGAAGAUCUCCUCCGAAAAAUCAGCCAAUCCUUUUAAGUUCAAAAUCUCAAGUGAGAAGUCGCAGUCUACGAAAAGAGAGGGAAGAUCCGAUCGGAUUUGGCCAUUUGAAGAGCAUUUGUGAUCAGGAAAACAAAGAGGACGCCAUGUUACAACUUAUCAAGAUAGAAAAGAGAUAUCUAUCAUUGUUGAAUGCAGAAGAAGAAAUCCGGGUGGAUCUUUUCAGACUUGUAGUACGUAGCCUCGAAAUUGUUUGUAAAUCUGCAAAUCGCCCAACACAAGCUAUUUGUAUUUUAGAAAAGACGCACCAGAAACUCCUGCGCUACCACUUCAAAGAUUUCAUAGCCAAAUUACCUGAACUUAACCUGGAAGAUACUGAAGAAAUCAUUAGGAAGAUCAUUCUAGUUUUCGAAUUUUUGUUGCACCGCCUACAGGAUAAGGUAAAAUACAGUAUCCCUAUGUCUGAACUUCAUGAAGCUACCAAGCAAUUUCAUCAAGAAGGCACGGUAAGCGAGGAAACGUUAAAGAGUGUCCAAUCAGCAAAUGAUUUGCUCCAUCGCGUAAGACAAUGCCAAAACAAGAAAUGCGACUCGCCCCCAAAUGACUUUCAUCAAAUCAGUAUCGUUCCUCUUGAGGAAGAUUUUCGUCCAGGAUACAAACCAUUUGUUCGUGAGAAUGUCAUAAAUGAAGCCUAUACAGAUGCGCAGCACUAUCUAGACGUCCAGUUUCGUCUUCUUAGAGAAGACUUUCUCAAAACUUUAAGAGAUGGAAUAAUACAAUUGCGCAAAGAGAAACGUUAUGGUACUGCUACUGCGCCACAAGAAACGAAAAGACGUCAAAAACGAGGUGUAUUUGUUUACAAAGAUGUAACAAUUCUCAAUCCAGUGUGCAAUAGAAAUGGUGGUGUUUACAGGGUACGUAUCAAUCUUAAGGAAGGAAACUUAGGGCGCAUCAACUGGAAGAAAUCCAAAAGGCUGAAGUAUGGAGCUCUGCUCUGCUUGUCCGACGAUUCGUUUGAUACUUUGUACUUUGGAGCAGUUGAGAAUCGCGAUCCCAUAGACCUCCUAUAUGGCGAGAUCGACAUACGCUUUGAAAACUAUGACCAAGGUGCCAUGCGUCGGUUCAUCGAGGCAAAAUGCAGUUUUCAAAUGAUAGAAAGCGAGGCAUAUUUCGAGUCUUACCGGCACAACUUGUCUGCGUUACAGGAGAUAACCGAAGAUAAUCUUCCAUUUAAAGAGUACAUCGUACAUGUUGAAAAGAAAAUCUCUCCACCAAAAUAUCUUUUCGGAAAAGGCAAAAGCUGCAAAUCUCUGCUAAAAACAGAGAACCCCCCAGACACUCCGGUGUAUAUCCCUUCACCAAGCCCUUCGUACACCCCAAGAAGCCCAAUUUACAGACCAAAGAGCCCUACCUACUGUCCAACGAGCCCUAUAUACAGUCCAACGAGCCCUUCGUACAGCCCAGUGCCUCCAAUUUACAGACCAACUAGCCCUUCUUACUGUCCAAAGAGCCCUUCGUACAGCCCAGAGAGCCCUACAUACUGUCCAACGAGCCCUAUAUACAGUCCAACGAGCCCUAAAUACAGUCCAACAAGCCCUAAAUACAUUCCAUCGAGCCCUAAAUACAGUCCAACGAGCCCUAAAUACAGUCCAACGAGCCCUUCGUACAGCUCAGUGCCUCCAAUUUACAGACCAACUAGCCCUUCUUACUAUCCAAAGAGCCCUUCGUACAGCCCAGAGAGCCCUACAUACUGUCCAACGAGCCCUAUAUACAGUCCAACGAGCCCUAAAUACAGUCCAACAAGCCCUAAAUACAGUCCAUCGAGCCCUAAAUACAGUCCAUCGAGCCCUAAAUACAGUCCAGUGAGUCCAAUUUACAGACCAGCGAGCCCUUCUUACUGUCCAAAGAGCCCUUCGUACAGCUCAGAGAGCCUACUCUCCAAAGCCAUUCCAAGUAACGAGUCCACUGUUGAUAGUACAGUCGAAGGAGCUGGAAAGGUGCUACAGUCGUGUUUAAACAAACCCAUACCUAGUAAAUCUGACAAAGAACAACCAUCGUCAACUUUAAACUCCAAGAGUACCAUUUCCCAAAUUUUCAAUGGAAAUGCUGCUACUGAGGCACAGGAACAUCCACAAACAUCCGCAGCAAUGGACAGUGCUAGUACUAAAGUCACCCACAAAGAAUGCACUGGGGAAACUCCAAAAAAAGAGCAGCUCCCAAAUUUUCACGAUUCCAUCGACCGCGAGAAUGGAUGUGAAAAAGAAGUUUCUUCAGCCGAGGACAAUCGACCUUUGGAGAUCGAAAAACAUGUAAAUUUUCAGUCUAUUAUUCGCCAAGAAGAAGAAUUCGCCAGGAUACCUAAAAAAAAGUAUCGUGUUCAAGUCACACAGCUUGACCAAUGGCCAACCAAAGAGAUGCUGGGGUUGGACGAAUCUCAAUACCGAGCAUGUCAGCUCGCUCUUACUAAGCGUUUUGCCCUCAUCCAAGGACCACCUGGGACUGGGAAGACAUACGUUGGUCUAAAGAUCGCCGAGGUUCUUCUCGAUAACACCAAGCUGUGGAAAGGAAAAGAUAAUUCUCCUAUACUGAUGGUUGCAUACACUAAUCAUGCCUUGGAUCAGUUUGUCAUGGGACUAAGGAAUAAGACAGGUAUCGUUAGAGUGGGAGGUCGCUCUAGAGUCAAAGAACUGGAACAGUUUAAUCUCAAGAUGUUAAGGAGAUCACAAAGAUCACCUGAGAAAUACCGCAUUUUGGAUGAAAUCAGAAGGCUCGACAAUAAACAUCAUCCAGAGGAAGCAAGUAAACUCAUAUCUCUUGGAAAUAAAUCGGUUCUUUCCAUGGAAAUUUUGCGGCGUGUCAUGGACCAAGUGCAUUUCAGAUCUUUCAACCUGUAUUUCGAGGAACACAAAAAAUGGAAGGAUUUGAAUUCACUGCUACUUGAGUGGCUUCAAAUCAGACAAUUCAUACCCGAGUGCGGACGCCAAGAAGACGAAGACAUUUUCAUCUCUGACGAAAGAGAAGAUCUGCACGAUGAUGAAGAAGAACUAUUUCUACAGCAACGGAAACUUCGUGCCAUUGCUUGCUAUCAACAUGAAACUGAAAAUCCCGAAGAGCUGAAAAACUAUCUUAGCUUACGCGAUGUAAUGACCGAACAAGAAGAAAGACACGCUACGGACAUAUUUCGUCUUUACCAGAGGGAUCGUUGGAAUCUUUACCGCUUAUGGCGGCACAGGAUUGAAAUGAAAUUUCAGGAUCAAAUUUACAAAAGUCAAGAUGAAGGCUAUGAAACUGAGCUGAAAAAACUUUACGAGAUCUCGCAAGAUGAUGAUUUGAAAAUUAUGCGGAAUGCUCGAGUCAUUGCCAUGACAACAACAUGUGCGGCGAGAUACCACGCAAUCCUUCAAAGAAUUUCUCCCAAGAUUGUCCUUGUAGAAGAAGCCGCUGAGGUACUUGAGGCUCACAUUCUGACGUCCAUUCCAUUCGGCUGUGAGCAUUUGAUUCUGAUUGGUGAUCAUCAACAGCUCAGGCCGAAUUGUACCGUUUACGAGUUGGCAAAGAAAUACAAGUUGAAUAUCUCAAUGUUUGAACGUUUGGUGAAUCUUGGUAUGCCAUGUGAGAGACUUUCCGAACAGCAUCGAAUGCGACCAGAAAUAGCGUCACUCAUGACACACAUCUACAAGGAUUUACAGAACCAUCCUUCAGUUAACGAAUUCAAAGACAUCCAGGGCAUCAAGUACAACCUUUUUUUCGUUGAUCACAGAUAUCCGGAAGAGCUAAGCGAAGAUACUAAUAGCAGCUUCAACGAACAUGAGGCAAAGUUUUUGACAAAACUGUGUCGCUAUCUGAUCCAGCAGGACUAUAAAACAUCCGACAUAACUAUUCUAACACCAUAUCUUGGCCAGAUGUUUAAAAUUAGAGAUCACUUGACAGAAGAAGAAUUAAACGAGGUUCGUACUUCAACUAUCGAUAAUUACCAGGGAGAAGAAAGUGACAUYAUUCUUCUGUCCCUCGUGAGGAGUAACAACGAGAAUCGUGCCGGGUUUGUCAAUGACAUCAACCGCGCAUGCGUUGCAUUGUCACGUGCUCGUAAAGGCUUGUUUGUCAUUGGUAAUUUUGAAAUGUUGUCAAAAGCCAGCGAAAUCUGGAAAAAUGUUGUUUCCACCUUAAAGGAGAGUAAUAAAGUUGGAGAAGCUUUGCCUUUAGUGUGUGCAGUCCAUAAGACAGAGAUAAUGAUAAAAGAGACUGAUGAAUUUAUCGAGAAAGUACCGCUUGGCGGUUGUUUGGAACCAUGUAAAUCUAUACUUGAAUGUGGCCAUGCUUGCACUCUUUACUGCCAUCCUUCAGAUCCAAAACACUUGAACUUCAAAUGUGUGGAACCAUGUAACAGAACAAGAAUUGGCUGCGACCACAGAUGUGAUAAUUUAUGCUGGAAAAAAUGUGAAGACCAGUGUCAUGAGAGAGUACAAAAGCAACUUCAGUGUGGGCAUACCAAACAGGACGUCCUCUGUAGGUCUCCAGUGCAAGGUAUGAAGUGCGAUGAAAGAUGUGACAAAAAUCUGAAGUGUGGACAUCAGUGCCAGGCCCGCUGCGGUGAGCCUUGCACAUUGGAUUGCAAGGAGCUGGUCAAGCACGAAGAUUGGCCAUGCGGACAUAUUGUCACAGCAGCGUGCAGUGCCACACCCCUUAUCUGCAGAGGUAAUUGUAGUCCGAGUUGUGGUCACGAAUGUUCUGGAAAGUGUGGAGAGUGCCUGCAAGGACGUGUGCACAGAAGCUGCAAAAAGAAAUGCGGGCGAACACUCGUGUGUUCACAUGCGUGUACCGCUAGCUGUUCUUGCUCUUUUGCUUGCCCACCUUGUGCAAAACCGUGCCAGAACUCGUGCACUCACGCUGUAUGUAGUAACAAAUGCGGAGAGUUGUGUAAACCUUGCAAUCAAGCUUGCGAAUGGAAAUGCAAGCACUAUAAGUGCAGUAAAAAAUGCAGUGAGAUAUGUGAUAGACCUCGAUGCGAUGUUCCCUGCAAGAACCUAAUUCUGAAAUGUCAACACAAGUGUAGAGGGCUUUGUAGCGAGUCUUGUGUCUGCGUGAAAUGCGACGAAAAAGAUAUAAAAAAGAUUUUUCUCACUGAAGAUGAAGUAGAUGCGCGUUUUAUCCGUCUCGAGGAUUGCAGCCAUAUCUUUGAAGUCAGCGCUUUUGACCAAUACAUGGAUACUGACAAUGUACAAGAGGCUGUGCAGCUUAAGUCAUGUCCUGCUUGCAAGGUUCCAAUAAUGAAAACAAUGCGUUACAGCAAAAUAAUCAAAGAACGUUUGGCAGACAUCGAAAAAGUCAAGACCACAAUACUUGAAGAGCAUAAACCCCAAGAACCAACUUCCUCUGUGAGCCAAAUUCUCACUAAACUUGACAAUUAUGAACGUGGUAUCCCUCAGAUGGAAAUUUAUGAGAGACACAGGAGAGACUGCCAAACUUUGAUGGAAAGAAUUGAGCAAUCUAAAAGCAUCUACGAAAAAGUCAUGUUUGAAAACAAAGUUAGCCUGUUGACGCAAUGCCAGGAACUGAAAAACAAGGUGAAAGCCAAUACAAGUGAGGCGGCCACCCACGAUAUUUUCAAAACUUCUCUCUCAAUAUGUUCAGUUCUGAAUCAUCUAGCGACCAAGAGAAUUAUCGGCUGUAACAACCAACGAGAGAUUGACGACAUCAACGUCGAGAUCACCCGCCAGAAAAUAUCCUUCGAGGUUCAUAACCUCCGCUUUGAGUUUCAACAGUUACAAGCUCGCGAAAUCCCCGUCCAGCCUGAGCACGAGGAAAUGCUAGAGAAGAUGGUCGACACGUUAUCAAAUAUUGCAAGAAUCGAGGAGUCUGAGCUAGAUUCUCUUCUUAAGAUGGUCCAGGAAGCACGUACCAAAUACCCCAUCAACACUCUAACGCCCAAGGAAAAGGUCGCUAUUGUAAAAGCCAUAGGACUAAGCAAAGGUCACUGGUUUAAGUGCCCUCAGGGACAUGUCUACGCCAUUGGUGAGUGCGGUGGGGCCAUGCAGAAAAGCAGAUGCCCAGAUUGCAACGCAGAAAUCGGAGGAACUCAGCAUAGGCUCGUGGAAGGAAAUGAUGUAGCAACAGAGAUGGAUGGUGCUAGACACGCUGCAUGGUCUGAGCAAGCAAAUCUUGAAAACUACGAGUUGCCCAGAUGAGUUUUAAAAGUAGGCUGCUCAGACAUGUGGAGAUUGUACCUUAAUAUAGCAAUAUAGUUUAGUAGUAUAAUAUACAGGAGUAGCUUGGGCCUUGCUGGCGGUCUGCGAUUUUAGGAGCCUGGCGGUCUGCGAUUUUAGGAGCAUGAGAGGCUCUCAACCAAGAAAAGUCCUAGUAUAACUCACGAAGGGUAGUCGGAAAAAUUAAUACACAGGUAGCUUCUUGAUAACGUGAAGUAAUCAUUACUUUCCUUAGCAAUCUAUACUUUCUUCAUACAGGAAGCCAGAAAAAAGGAUAGUGUUUUAAACAUUAGCUUCUGGCUCGGUAAAUUGGACAAUCAUGACAUUAAACUAGUAUUGAUUGACUGCUUGAUUGUUUGGACAGGUUGCCAAGGAGAUAAUAAUAAGCAAUCGUUGACCUAUUACAUAUUGAAAUUCUGUUAAAAAUUGUUGAUUUUUCAAUUGAUUUAAAACUGCAUAGCGAAAUUAAUCAUCUUAAGGUAAUGAUUCUUGAAAAUAAUCGAUGAUUAUGCAAAAUGAAUAUUAAUUAUUAUUAUCAAAUAAUGAUGAUGAUUAUAAGAUAUCCUAGAGACUUCAACAAUAAUUAAAGAUUAAAAA